GUUACGGGACCGCCGUACACCGGAAAUCAGUCGUCAGAUGUUGGAUGAUACUGUACUGUGAUACUGUGUGGAUGAAAGAAUGUUGCCGUUACAGUUUACAAAAGAUCCUUUGACAGAAGCGGUGACUACUGACUUUCAGAAUUUGAACAAAUUUAGUGAGCAGCAAUUUGCCAGCCUGACAGAAAUCUUAUACCAGUUUCUACUGGAGCCAAAGGAGACAGACAAGUUUCUCACACAGCUGAAUAAGUUUGCUGGGGAAAAUGGCAUGAGUGCUGGUCCUCUGAGGAGUUUGAUGAAGAGUGUGCUCCUCCUUCCUCAUGGUGCUCUGAAAAAAAAUCUUACUGCUGAACAAGUAAAAGAAGACCUCCUUAAUCUUGGAGUCGAUGAAGAUAAGGCUGUGCAUUUCUCAAAUCAGUGGAAAGUCCACUAUGCUGUGCUCUCCCGAGUGGCUGUAGGACAGACUUUGAUGGUCAACCAGCUGGUGGACAUGGAGUGGAAAUUUGGUGUAACUGUAGGGACCAGUGAGAUUCAGAAGACUGGGAACAUCUUUCUACAGCUCAAGCUUAUCAUCAGAAAAGGGAACUCCACAGAAAACAUCUACAUGGAGCUGACACUACCACAGUUCUAUAACUUUCUCCAUGAAAUGGAGCGAGCAAAGGCUGCUAUGGACUGUUUCAGCUGAGCUGCAGUGUCGGCCUGGGGCUCAGCACACCUCUGUAUCCGCAUCUUGCCCUUGUGUGUGUGUGUGUGUGUGUGUGUGUGUGUGUGUGUGUGUGUGUGUGUGUGUGUGUGUGUGUGUGUGUGUGUGUGUGUGUGUGUGUGUGUGUCGUUACCCAGCCUACACCACAUAUUAACUUCUGAUUAUUUUUUCAUGUUUGUAAAGCAACUGGUCCUCAUGUAAGUAAUGAUGUGUUAUAUGAGAAACAUUCUCUGAUUGUACAUUAACUUUCAAUAAAUAAAUAUUUCCAAUAUGCCUUGUAAA